CAAUCGAAUGGCAAGGAAGGCUAGUCCCGCCUAUUAGGGGAAACUGGCGCUUGACUGUUUUGUUGCUUAUUUAUUACAUAGCAGUUUGGGUAAAAUGCGAUGUUUGUGACAGUCACUUUUUCUAAAGAGAAGAAGCCUUUUUAUUGAGCGUCGUCACCAAUUUGGCAGUGAAUCAGGGUACUGAAAAGAUGGAAACUUUGAUUCCCACCAUCAACCGGUUGCAGGAAGUCUUUCUCACAGUUGGCGCAGAGAUCAUUCAGCUACCACAGAUCGUCGUGGUUGGAUCUCAGAGUAGUGGAAAAAGCUCUGUGUUGGAGAGUUUAGUUGGACGGGAUUUCUUGCCCAGAGGAUCAGGAAUAGUCACAAGACGACCCCUGGUGUUGCAGCUUAUUAAUGUCCCCCCUCUACAGGAAAGACUGAAGAUUGAGAAUGGGAAUGGGGUUAAACAAAAUGCCCAAAACAGCUUUCCAGGUGUCAAGGCUGAAGAAUGGGGCACUUUUCUGCACUGCAAGAACCAGAUCUUCACAGAUUUUCAGGAAAUUUGCCGUGAAAUUGAAGCUGAGACCGAACGCAGUUCAGGCAGCAACAAGGGAAUCAGCCCUGAACCCAUACAUUUAAAGAUCUUCUCCCCCAAAGUGCUCAACCUCACCCUAGUUGAUUUGCCUGGAAUUACUAAGGUUCCUGUUGGGGACCAGCCAGAGGACAUUGAGGCCCAAGUGCAAGGCAUGAUCUUAUCCUUCAUCUCCAAUCCAAACUCUCUUAUUCUUGCUGUGUCCCCUGCCAACUCUGACUUGGCCACCUCUGACGCUCUGAAAUUGGCACGUGAGGUUGAUCCAGAUGGUCGUCGAACACUGCUGGUGAUCAGCAAGCUGGAUCUGAUGGAUGCAGGGACUGAUGCUCUGGAGGUCCUUCUGGGUAGAGUGAUCCCAGUCAGGCUGGGGAUUAUUGGCGUGGUUAACAGGAGUCAGCAUGACAUCAAUACCCAGAAGAGCCUGGAGGACUCGAUGAGGGAUGAACAGGCCUUCCUGCAGCGCCACUACCCCUCGCUGGCUUCUCGGGCCGGCUCACGUUAUCUGGCCAAAACCCUAAGCAGACUGCUGAUGCACCACAUCCGAGACUGUCUGCCAGAGCUCAAAACUCGAGUGACUGUGCUCAGUGCCCAGUACCAGGCACGGCUCAACAGCUAUGGCCAACCAGUAGAGGACCACAGCGCCACCCUUCUGCAGAUAGUCACCAAGUUUGCCAGCGAUUACUGCAAUACAAUUGAGGGAACAGCCAGACACAUCCAAACCUCAGAGCUCUGUGGGGGCGCUCGCAUCUGUUACAUAUUCCAUGAGACCUUUGGCCGCACUUUGCAGUCUAUCGACCCUCUCGGGGGACUGACUGAGCUCGAUAUCCUCACAGCCAUCCGCAAUGCUACGGGUCCACGCCCCGCACUUUUUGUACCCGAGGUAUCAUUCGAGUUGUUGGUGAAGCGGCAAAUUAAGCGACUGGAGGAGCCUAGUCUGCGCUGUGUGGAACUUGUGCAUGAGGAGCUGCAAAGGAUCAUCCAGCACUGCUCCUCCUUCAGCACCCAGGAGCUGCUGCGAUUUCCCAAACUGCACGACUCCAUUGUGGAAGUCGUGACUGGAUUACUAAGGAAGCGUUUGCCGAUUGCUAAUGAGAUGGUACACAAUUUAGUUGCCAUAGAGCUUGCCUAUGUCAACACCAAGCAUCCAGACUUCACAGAUGCGGCGCAGGUCUCUGCAUCAGUCAACAGUCAGCAGGCAGAGGCCUCUGAUGGAGGGAAGCGCUGGAAAAAUGAUAAAGUUGGAGAAGAGAAAGCCCCGGCUACAGGCUUUGGCAGCCCCAGCAAAGGCCAGGCCAUUAACCUCCUUGACACCGCUGUACCUGUGUCCCGUAAGCUGAGUGCAAAGGAGCAGCGUGACUGUGAGGUCAUCCAACGCCUCAUCAAAUGCUACUUCCUCAUUGUCCGCAAAAGCAUCCAAGACAGUGUACCUAAAACCGUGAUGCACUUCCUGGUGAACUUUGUGAAAGAGCAUCUGCAGAGUGAACUAGUGGGUCAGCUUUACAAACAGCCUCUGCUGCAGGAGCUGCUCAUUGAGUCACAGGACACGGCUCAGCAGCGGAUUGAAGUUGCUCAAAUGCUUGAGGCCCUCAAAAAAGCAAAUAACAUCAUCUCUGAGAUCCGGGAAACCCAUCUGUGGUAGCCAGAGGAUAUGAUCAAAUUCCCUUGUUUGCUUGUCAUAGGACAGCUUUGAGAGUGUGACUGUGUGAGCAUGUGUGUGUAAGUGUGUACGCGCGUGGCAGUACCUAUGUUUUUUUCAUGGACCAAUGACCGUAGCACAUACUUUGUCUUGUCAGCUUUCACCUUGAACGGAACACUGGGACUCAUUCUAUUCACUGUGAAUAUCUUGCAGUGACAGAAAUAAUUUAAAACUCAGGCCUAAAGUCUUAUUACAGAGUUGAAUUGUGAGAGGCACAGCCGCGAACAAAACCUUGCUGAAAUAUCAUGACAUCAUGUUCACUGGGUCAUAUAAUUGUGGGUAAUAUAAGUUACAUGUGACGUAUCUAAAUACUGUAGUUGUCAAGAGUGUGUUUGCAUUAAAUUUAGUUUGCGCUGUACAACUCCACACACACCAGGGUUCUCACCGAGCCUCAUCAUAAGGUGCUAAAUUCUACUGUAUGUUCCAUUAGCUGUGUUCCAACUUUAAUCUCCUCUGUUGAGUCCUCAGUGGAGUUGGAAAGCGAGUGGAAAUCCAGCCCCAGUGUUCGCUGCAGAAAUUACAGGAUGAUUGCAGAUCUCAUCUCUUGUUCUAAUCAAUAUCGGGGUUUUUUUCAGAGUAAUGUUUACAUAUCAACUCCUUUGUAAUGCUGUUACUGAUUUGUUUUGUGCGUCGAUAUAAAUAAGGAGACCAAACAUUGCUAAGACACUUUUUAUUAUGUUAUUUAUUGUUUGUUGAAAAUAUGUCUGGAAAUAAGUAUUUUUAGGACUAGAUCUAAAUGGUUUGACUGAAAACUUCAAUCUAAUUCUCCACUGGUUUCCAUUGCUAUAGAGAAAGGAACUCCAAACUCCCAACGUGCUCCAACUACACAAUUUGCCCCUAGUAAUGAGUAACAGAACAGAAAUACGUCCUGUAGUUUAAUGCUAAAUUACAUUUUAACUUGGCCGGGGCUGUUUGCUUCUGUGCCAAUAGUUGUGUAAUAAUUCUUCAUGUGUAAAUUUUUAUCCUUUUCCAUCUGCUGUUCCUAACCUAGGUUGUUCUUUAUGCAGAUCCUUUCCCUAAUUGUGUUAACAAUUAAUGUGACUCCCAACAAGCAAUUACCUUAAAGUGGGGCUGAUCUGCCUCAACAGGACCAUUAGACUGUAGUUCGCACUUCAUCUGUGUAAUCAGGAAGAGACCACAGCAAGUUUGCAUGUGUGUGUUUAGUAUCCAUCCAGGUGUAUGAAUGGAAUGAUUGAUGUAUGUUUUCUGUUAUUUCAACGUAUGUUAUAUCUCUGCGUCGACUGCCUCUGAGUUAUUGCCUGCCAAUAUUUGUAUGACGUGUUCACUGAAUAAAGAGGGGACUCAUUAAACCUCAUCGGACCACA